AUGGGAUCCCCGGAUUCCUCGCAGGCGAUGGAGCCGUCAGCGGAAGCCGCCGAACCACCGUCAGGUGCCCUCUCGCGCCAUGGCACCACAACCUUCUCCCCCGAACAGGCCGUCGCCCUGACCUCCUCCGGAGCGCCGUUGCUGAACCCCCGAAGCUGCGUGACCUGCCGCCGUCGCAAGGUCCGAUGCGACAAACAAAUGCCGUGCUCCAAUUGCCGACGCGCAUCCGCGCAGUGCGUCUUCCCCGCGCCCGGCCGCGCGCCGCGGCGACCCAAGCCCCGCGACCCAAACGCCCCGUCCAAGGGCUCCAGUGAGCGAGAAGUUGAGCUCAUGAGGCGCCUGCGAAAGCUCGAGGGUAUCGUCGAGGACCUCAGCGGGCAGAUCGAGGUGGAAACCGCGAGCAGCGAGCCUAGACCUCUCAGUGCUGGCGCGUCGCCGGGAACAGCAGCGCUGGCGCAACAAGAUAUGAACGCCGCGGCGGCAUGCGCCGGAUCGGGCAGCGCCGGGUCUCCCUCCUCGGCGAACGGCACCAGCGCCGUUCCGUCCAUGCGAGAGGUCGUGGCGCGCCGAGGCGCCGAGGCUGAUAGCGAAGCUGCGCAGGGGUUGGAGCGGAAGCAGUCGGCGAGCGUCACGAAGCAGCUCGGACGCUUGGUCCUUCAUGACCAGGGCAGAACAAACCGAUACGUGAGCAGUGCGUUCUGGUCCAAGCUGAAUGAUGAGCUGGACGAACUUCGUGCUGAGAUGCACUCGUUGAGUCACGAUGACGACGAUUCCGAAGACGAUGAGACGCCCGACCACUCUCCGCAGCAACCUGUUGAGCCUUCGACUGAUCACCAUGGCUUCAUUCUCGGUUACCGCUCAGCAGACGUUGACCUACGACGCCUUCAUCCUCUGCCGUCUCAGAUUCCCUUCCUAUGGCAAGUGUACAAGGAGAACGUCGAGCCAUUGGUCAAAAUCUUGCACGUACCGUCGAUGGAGGAGUUGUUGCGCAAUAUGAGGAAAAGCCCCGACAGCCUGAGCCCAGCGAAUGAGGCUCUUAUUUUCGCCAUUUACUUUUCUGCCAUUAUCUCAAUGGAAGACGAGGAGGUGCAAACGAACUUCGGCUCAUCAAGACCUCACCUCCUAUCCCAGUUCCGGUUUGCCCUCGAACAAGCGCUAGCGAGGGCCAAUUUUCUCAACACUUCUGACAUGGUUGUGCUGCAAGCAUUCACUCUGUUCCUGACGAUAGUCAGACGACACGAUGAUACGAGAUUCUGCUGGACACUGACGGGUCUUGCGAUCCGGAUGGCGCAGGGUAUGGGCAUCCAUCGUGACGGCCUACAACUCGGGCUGCCUCCUUUCGAAGUUGAGAUGAGGCGCCGGCUCUGGUGGGCCAUCUGCACCAUUGACCUACGUUCCGCGGAGGAGCUCGGAACAGACAUGAUGAUCAGGGACGGUUCCUUCGAUACGGAGCUACCGACGAGCAUCAACGACACAGACCUUGACCCAUCCGCCACCGUCAUGCCAACACCCCGCGAAGGCAGGACAGAUACUGCUGUCAGCCUCGUCCGUUACGAAAUUUGCUCGCUCGCGCGGCAGCUGCAUGUGACUGUGACAGAAAUGGGACCCAUUGAUCCUACUGACGUUACGGCAAGCCUGGAAAAUCGCGAGCGCAUGCUUGUGGACGUAUACGACCGUAUCGAGGAGAAGUUUCUGCGGCGGUGCCUUGCCGACAACGACCCAUUAUUCUGGAUGGCUGCCAUGAUUGCACGUGUCAUUGCGGCCAAGAUUGGCCUUAUCAUAUACCAGCCUUGUCUCUUUCCUGGCACGGGGCCUGAGCUGUCAUUCGCGAUUCGCACGCGGCUCUUCGUCUCGACAAUUGAGGUCGUUGAGUAUAACCACAUACUGAAUACAGACCCGCGAUGUAGGCAGUGGCGCUGGCUUUUCCAGACAUACCGGCAGUGGCAUGCCAUUGCGUACAUGUUGCUCGAGAUGGCUCGGCGGCCGUGGACGCCCACGUCUGAGCGAGCAUGGGAGGCAGCGAGCAUUUUGGGGUACGAAAGCCAUCCCAUCGAAGCAGCCAAGGCUGCUGACCACACGGCCGUGUCACUGCCGGUGAAGAAGCUUUAUCUCAAUGCCAGACGACACAGGCAGGCAGAGAUUCAGCGCCUGCGAAAUGAUCCGGAGGCCGCCCACCAUCUCGAUGUCGAAGACAGGCUCAACUCCUUGCCUGAGCGACUCGGCUCUGUGCCGGGGAUGGAGGCCAGGGCUUCACAGCUUCGCGGCCGAUGGCGCAAGAUGGUUCGAGGAGAGAAUCUGGCCGGCUCUCUGCCUCCAUUUGAACCUCUGCUAACGCAGGACGAGCAGCGGCUCGAUUUUGUGUUUCCAGCGGCCGGCGCCGUGCCACAGCCAAAUGUGUCAGCCUCACAGCAAGAUGAAAUCCAACCUGGAUUGGAAGGGGAUUUCGUCGACAAGCUGCUUAGCGGAGUAGUGAACCCCAUCGAGCUGUGGCGUUAUGCGUACCAGGGCCGAUUGAGUGCCGAGGACAUGCUGGCGAUCGGGAUGACCAACGGGGAUGCCUUGCCAAGUGCACCAGCUUAUGGCACAAUGCAGCACGGCGCAACCAUCGACACGGCCCUAGCGGUUGCGAACAGGACAAUGAGCGAGCAGACGGCCGUGCUGCAAGGCGAACCGUCACAGCAGCAGCAGCAGCAGCCGCCGCCGCAGGGGGGCCGGAGCUUCGAGCAUGGCGCAAAUCAAGCGCCGCCAACGUGGCUCUGGCCAGAUCCGUACACCUCGAUGGACACGCUGUUUGAAGGAGCGGGUAUGGAUGGGUUGAACGACAUGGUCGGCACGGACGAGCUUGAUGUGAAUAUGGACGUUGAGGACAUCAACUGGCAGAACUGGCAGGAGUCUUUGAAGGGGCUGGAAAAGCCGACGAGUUCCCAGCUGCCAGCAAGCGGGCGAUGGGGAGGCCUCUAG